CUUUAAACUUAGGACCACAUCAGUUCAUAACUCAUAUUUUAAUUUACUACCUAUAUUAAUACUACAUGUACAUGUACUACUAAAUAAAUCGUAAAUGAAUUGAAAACGUGAGGGUUGAGCAUUUUGAUUAUCAUCGAAUUAAAGUUGAUGAUUAUUAUUCCCGGAGCGGUCACUGAUAGAAGAUGGGCGAUAAUUCAACUUCCGAAACAGCAUUUAAAAAAUAUUAUGAAGAUAUUCCGACAAAGACCAAUCCGCAAUUGAUACAUACAAAUGGAUCUGUAAAGGCCAAUGGUGAUGCGGUUACGAACAAUGAAAAUGAUAGCAAUGGGGUUAAAGUUAUCGACGAUAGUAACCACAAACGCUCUAGUCCGUUAGACAAUGGCGGCCGUGUUAACGCGAAACAUGGGAACCGUCUUACAACUGGCAUGAAAAAUUGUCAAACUGCUCUAGGAACACGUUGCUCGGUAUACAGUUCUUGGAUAGCAAAAAUAACACUUUUCAUACUUCUAAGCGUAUACACUAUAUAUUUUAUAUUUGCUAUUAUACAUAGCGUAGACGCAGCUCGGGCCCUGAUAGUCUUGACAAGCCUGACUGUAUUUUUUAUUGUAUGGAAUUUUGUUCGAGAUCAUUAUGGAGAUCGUUUAUAUGGUGCUUUUGGUGAACCUGUAGUGAAUGUGUUGAACAAACAAUGGUUUUGGUUAAAAUGGGUUCUUGCCGUUGUCGGAUUUGUAGGUCUGGUGGUCUAUUUGGCAGUUGACGUCAUUAAGACGCCCAUGCAGUUGGCUUCUCUUGGGGGAGGACUCGCUAUGCUCCUCAUCGUAUUUUUGACAUCGACGAAUCCAGAUAGGGUCCAAAUGCGCCCAGUUGCGUGGGGUCUGGGUAUACAGUUUGUUAUGGGUUCUGUGAUUCUGAGAUGGUCCUGGGCUUAUGAAGCAGUAGACUGGAUGUCAGACCAGAUCCAAAGAUUUCUGUCUUACGUCCUUGAUGCCAGUGAAGUCGUAUUUGGGGACCCGGGUUACCUCGACCAUCCAUUUAUAUUUCUCAUGAUGCCGAUGUUGAUCUACUUCUCCUCAGUGAUGGCCAUACUGUUCUAUAUGGGAGUGAUCCAGGUAAUAGUGAUGAAGAUUGGAUGGCUCUUCCAGAGGACGUUCGGCACGACAGCGGUUGAGAGCAUCAACUCAUCGGCGAAUAUAUUCCUGAGUGGUAUGGAUACCAUGUUGAUGUUGAAACCAUAUCUGAUGAGAUUGACAAUGUCGGAACUGCACGCAUUGCGUGUGGCCAACCACACUACAAUAGCUGGCUUUGCAUUCGCUCUCCUUAUACUGCUAGGGGCCCCUGGGAGACAUCUAUUAGCAGCAGCUGUGAUGUCGGCUCCAGCAGGAUUAGCAAUAGCCAAGCUUAACUACCCUGAGACUGAAGUAUCAGUGACUGGAGAUAAUAUUGAGCUGGAAGAUUCGCCAGAUCGCAAUAUAGUUGAGGCAGCUUCGAAUGGUGCUAAAGUUGCUGGAAAGACAGUUAUGGCCGUUAUAGUGAAUUUCAUAUCUGUACUGUCUUCACUUUCUUUCCUGAAUGCCACUUUGAAAUGGUUGGGGGAGAGGGUUGGUCAGGAUAACUGGAGCUUUCAGUUCUUUUGUUCAUAUCUUUUCCUGCCAGUGGCCUUGUUAAUGGGAGUCGAGUGGCGUGAUGCAGGGAAAGUUGCCUCACUUAUUGGCCUCAAGCUAUUUACAAGUGAAUUCAUAGCAUAUGGGGAAAUGGGAGAAAUGAUAGAUAGAGGAGAAUUAACCCAACGUUCAGUGGCAAUAACAACAUAUGCAAUGUGUGGUUUCUCUGGUCUAGCCACGUUUGCAAUCAGCGUUGGGGUGUUCAAUGCCUUAGAGCCCAGACGGCUGCAUCAUGUUAUCGGAAUGAUGGGCAGGACGAUGAUGAAUGCAAACAUCGCCUGUUUUCUCACUGCUUGCUAUGCAGGUUUGCUGUACAACGAGGAUAUAGCCGGUGGAAGUGGAGGUAGCAAUAGCACAAUAACCACGCCACCCCCAGACUUCACAUGGCCUCCCUGGUUACCACCCAUAGAUGAGAUUAUAGGAUGUAUAAUAGACCCUGACAAUUGCCUAGAUUCAGACACUAAAUUGGCUGCAAGACAGUUCAAUAAUGGAACAUUGAAUGCAACCUUCUUUGGGCAUUCCCCUACAGUACCAAUGAGUGCUGUAUACAGUUAACGUUAGACCUUCUCCUAGAAUGUCAAUGAGUGCUGUAUAAAGAUAUAAUAAUAGACAAUAUCCGACAGUAUCAAUGAGUGUUGUAUACAGUUGUCGUAAGAGGUUCUCCAAGAGUGUCAAUAAGUGCUGUAGAUGAAUAAUAUUAGACCUUUUCUUACAGUACUAAUGGUUGCUGUAUACAGUUAACGUUAAACCUUUUCCUAGAGGAGUGUCCACGAGUACUGUAUAAAUAAAUAUUAGACCAUAUAUAGCCUCGUCAACGAUUGCCAUAUAUAAAUACUAUAUCUAGUAUUAUGAAUGUAUACAUAUAGUUGCGGACACUGCCCUCCCUUCUUUGGUGGGCCCCGAAAAAAAGAAAUCGGGGCACAAAUAAUUUCUAGGGAUUAACUAAUUAUGUAGGGUUAUGUAAUGUUGUCAAAUGAUGUGUAUUUAUAUCAUGUAAUGAUCUGUUUGUGUUUACGAUGGAAUACAUGUCUACUCCAAA